AAAGUGAGUAAGUCGAAAUGGAAGAGGGAAACCCCAAUUAUAUUUAGCGAAGCGGGCCGCGGAAUCUCAAUCUUCUUGAACUUGACCUGUAAAUCUAAAGCUCAAAACCUUUGUUGCUUGUUGUUGUGACAAUGGCGAUCAACAACAAUAGCGGGGAUAUCCUGAUGCUCGAGGCUCCACCGCAGCCAUCUCAACCAGCGUGGCGCGUUUCUGCAGAUGCGGAGGUAAUCGACGCCUUGCCCUACAUCGACGAUGACUAUGCGGACCCAAGGGUCAAAGCAGAGGUCGAUCGAUUAGUGGAGGAAGAGAUGCGGCGCAGCUCCAAGCGACCUGCCGAUUUUCUCAAAGACUUGCCUCCUCUUCCCAAGUUCAAAUUUGAGGAUCAUCCAAUGCUUGCGAGAGAGUAUGAACGUGUAAGAGCUGGGAGGCCUCCAAUGCCUCUCGAUGUUGCUAGAUAUAAAUUAGAGACACCGCCUCCAAAUAAAAAGAAUGACGAAACUGCUUGGAAGCAGACACUUCAGAGAGCUCAAUGCCUACUCCAGCAUCAAGUGCUGAGGCUGGAAAAUUUGGAACUGAUGUCAAAAUAUGCCCCUGAUAUCUGGAAGCAACACAACAAACAGUUGGAAGCACUUCUAUCAAGAAUGCAAAAAUUAGCUCAAGAACAGAAUGAGAAGAUUGAAAAAGUGAACCGUGAAAGGAAAUUCCAUCAACAAAACGCUGCAUAUGAGCUUCAUGCUUUGUCCACACAAUGGAAGGAGCUGUGCGAGAAAAAUAUGGAAAUCCAAGUGGCAUGCUCUCAAAUAGAGGGUCAAAUCCAGGAACUAAGGAGUGAGGCAGCAGAAAAAGGCUGGAAUUUAGAAGUCAAUGUAGAGAAUGGUUCUGUUUCGUUCCCAGUGUCAUAAGUGGAAUAGGGGAGCGUCCUAACCAUGGCUUUGCUGCUCAGAAGUAAAGACUGCCAACGUCUUCUGUUGCUGUUACCAUAUGCCUACAUGGAAGAUGAGUUAGUUUUCUGCUUAUAUCACGCUGGUUGGUUGCCUUUCUUGACCUCCAAGGUCCGUCUUUAGUCCGUUUCAAAUUUUACAUUGAAUUUACUGUAUCUGUACCUUUAGUGAAGUAAUUCGAAAUACCUUUAGCCAUUAUCUGCUUGCUAACCACGUUAUUGGAUCCCUCUCCUGAUUUACCUUUAAUAUAUAUUAUGUAUGUCAUUGAA